AUUUGGACAGUUUCGGUUGUUAUCCACACCGCCCAACACGGGUCAAAACCCGCCCCAUGAUAACACCUUCUUAGAUUAAUUAAUUAUUACUAUUAACCAAGAGCAUGAGUAAACAAGAAGCCACCAGAUCAUAUAACCUUCAUGGCUGGGGCUGCUAUAAGAAUUCAUGAAGCAGCCGGAAAGAUGACGCAACUCCGCCGGAGAAUCGUCCACGUCAAUAUCCGGUGGAGCAUAAUCGACAAAGUUUCAAUAUUCCGGCAGUUCUUUAGAUUCAUUUGGGAUAGAAUUCUUGUUUGUUCAAUAGGAAGGCCUAUUCGGUACAGAAGAUUGUCCCGAAGAUCCCGUAAUUCUUCGUUGUCGUCUUCCAUGGAAGCUAUAGAGUCUGGCAUAGGAUAUGAAGAAGACCCCAUGACUACGUGCAGCAGUAGCUAUGAAGAAGACAUGAGUGAUUCAGAUUUAGUUGCCUUAAAAAUCAGUCUUUUGGGCGAUUGCCAGAUUGGAAAAACAAGCUUUAUGAUAAAGUAUGUAGGGGAUGAACAAGAAAAAAGGGGACUUCAGAUGAAAGGGCUAAAUUUAAUGGACAAAAUUUUACAUGUUCGAGGAGCAAGGAUUGCUUUUAGAAUAUGGGAUGUGGGAGGUGACAAAAGUUCUUUUGAUCAAAUUCCAAUUUCUUGCAAAGAUGCUGUAGCAAUGUUGUUUAUGUUUGAUCUUACUAGCAGAUGUACGCUCAACAGUAUUAUUGGAUGGUAUAACGAAGCAACGAAGUGGAAUCAGACUGCAAUUCCUAUAUUAAUCGGAACAAAGUUUGAUGAUUUUGUCCAACUUCCACCAGAUAUUCAAUGGACUAUUGUAACUCAGGCAAGGGCAUAUGCGAGGGCUAUGAAAGCAACCCUUUUCUUCUCAAGUGCCACACACAACAUCAAUGUGAACAAGAUCUUCAAGUUCAUCAUGGCCAAGCUCUUUGACCUGCCAUGGACUCUAGAAAGAAAUCUGACAAUUGGUGAACCCAUCAUCGACUUUUAAAAUUUAUGGGGGCAUUUGGUGCUUAGUAACAGGCCGAACUAGAAAGUACAAAAGAAAAGAUUUUAAUUUCUUUAAUAUUGUAAAUAUUGUAUAGUCUCCACAUCAUAAACACUCGUAUAAAACGGAUAGGAUUACGAGAAUAAUUACGUGAAUCUUUUUUAGUCAUUGCACUUGUUACAUUAGCUAUUGAGAGAAGAGAAGCGUAUGAAGGAAAAACGAAUUUGCCUUUAAGGUUUUUAAUUGUUGUUUUAUAUAUCCAUUUAGAUUCUUGCGGGAAGAGUUUGAUCCCACACUAAAAGUAAGGUCAGGCACAAGUUAGACUUUUGUAUAUUUUCAUCCACUAAGUUUUAACUUAACUUUAUUUCAGUGUUUA